AGUGCGACUCCAGAUACAAAACAGGUCUGGGCUACAAAAGUAUGGCAGCUGCUGAGGCGGCGGUGGUAUCGUCGUCGUCUUUGGAAACAGACAGAGCCCUGGUCCCUGAAACUGCCGGAACAGCCGCAGCAACGGCCGCCACCCCACCAGCGACGGCUGCAGCUGCGGCCGUUGCAGCCGCUGCCAGAACCGGAUCCGAAGCCAGGGUCUCCAAGGCCGCUUUGGCUACUAAGCUGCUGUCCCUGAGCGGCGUGUUCGCCGUGCACAAGCCCAAAGGGCCCACUUCAGCCGAGCUGCUGAAUCGGCUGAAGGAGAAGCUGCUAGCAGAAGCUGGAAUGCCUUCUCCAGAAUGGACCAAAAGGAAAAAGCAAACUUUGAAAAUUGGACAUGGAGGCACGCUAGACAGUGCAGCCCGAGGAGUUCUGGUGGUUGGAAUUGGAAGGGGAACAAAAAUGUUGACCAGUAUGUUGUCAGGGUCCAAGAGGUAUAUUGCCAUUGGAGAACUGGGGAAAGCUACUGACACACUAGAUUCUACUGGGAAAGUAACAGAAGAAAAACCUUACGAUAAAAUAACACAAGAAGAUAUUGAAGGCAUUCUACAGAAAUUUACUGGGAAUAUAAUGCAAGUACCUCCCCUCUAUUCUGCAUUAAAGAAAGAUGGACAGAGACUUUCAACCUUAAUGAAGAGAGGCGAAGUAGUAGAAGCAAAACCCGCCAGGCCUGUUACCGUAUACAGCCUCUCCCUUCAAAAAUUCCAGCCACCAUUUUUCACAUUAGAUGUUGAAUGUGGAGGAGGUUUUUAUAUCAGAAGCUUGGUCAGUGACAUUGGCAAAGAACUCUCUUCCUGUGCCAAUGUCCUAGAGCUGACCCGAACCAAACAGGGACCAUUUACACUAGAAGAGCAUGCCCUUCCUGAAGACAAAUGGACGAUUGAUGACAUUGCACAGUCUCUGGAACAUUGCUCAUCACUUCUCCCAGCAGAGCUGGCACUUAAGAAAUCAAAACCUGAGGAGUCUAAUGAACAAGUUUUGAGCUGUGAAUAUAUAACUCUGAGUGAGACAAAGGGAGAAGAUGAUGUAAUUAAGACAUCUUAAGAUUGGUUUGUGAUUGUCAUCAUUUCUUGGUUGACAUUUGAAUCCUGUGUGCAGAAUGACAAGCUACGUGCAAAAGACAAUUAUUUCUCCCCCCGUCCCCUGCAUGAUUUUUUUGUGUGUGAAGAAAAACGUCCAUCAUUUACAGUUUCUGUCGUGUACACUUUAUCUGCUUAUUAUAAAUAGGCUUGCGGUUCGUG